AUGAAGCAUCAUAACCAUAUAGUCCCCAGACGCACCCGCGUGCAUGAGGAAGACUCCGACAUAGAACCAGACAGCCCUGUCGACGACACCAACUCAGCCCCUGAAAUGGAUCGAGCGACUCAAAGCCACAAGGGCGAUGGACUUGAGCCAUGGGCAAAGCAGUACUUUCACGAAACGCACAACAAACAAGCCCUCGUACCACCACCACAGCAUCGCCAUCAGCGCUACGACUCUUCCGACGGCGCAGAUGAACAAAACCGCCCCAUCGAACCACCGCCGAGACCUAAAACACCCCCCAAAUCCCAAGCCCAACUCGACGCAGAGCAACUCCCUCGCCUCAACGAAGAGUUAUGGCGAUGCACGCAGCCCUUCGACGCCGAGAGACAUGGCCAGCUGGUAUCGCAAUUGAGGGACCUGGUUCACAGACACAAGGAGGAGAUGGAGAGGGUGAAAGGGGUGGAUUUGAGAGAGUUUUUGAGGCUUGAGAGGCUGGUGGAGAGUUUGGAGGAGGUUUUGCAGAGGGCUUUUGUGAGGGGGGAGGGGAGGGUUGGGGUGGUCGUGUUGGAGGAUGUGGUGGGGGCGGAGGAGGGUGUGAGGAGGAUUGCUGCCUGCUACAUUCACAUAGCGAGAAUCGAGAUCGUUGCAACAUACCACAAAGUAGAUCGCUCUUCUCCACCAACUUUCACGCCCUUCAUCGCCCAUUCCACCAAAGUCUUCCAACUCCACGAAGCCAUCCAAGCAACUAUGGGCCAAUCCAACUCCACCCCAGCCUCGCCAGAGAAUGCCACGGAGCCAGCCGCUGCAAGCCCAAGCCCAGACUCAGACACUGACAUGUCCAUCUACGAAGCCCACGAAUACGAGUACCUCUACCCGUUCUGCCCAUGCGACAAGUGCAACAGAAACGAACUCCUCGAGUCGCCCUACGAUGAUCGGGAGGUCAACGGAGCGGUGAUAAAGGGGCGCAUGAAUCGGGAGGUAGACCUUUGGGAGACGAUGAUGUUGUUCUGGCCACGCUGCGGUUGA